AGGCGGGGCCAUACACAGGAACCUGUUCCCCGAUUUUCACACACACAUACACACACAUACACACUCACUGACGGACACAUUCAACACAAGUACACAACAAUUACCUGACAAGUCCACGAGGACACCCCGUCAUGGCUGUUGUGCUUCUGCCUGGACUCGAGGGUGCGGAUGGUUGCCCUUGACCUUUCACCUCUCACCUGUGACGCAGCCGCCUGUCCGUCAAGCUGAGGGGGUGAGUCUGCUAUCGCCAUGGCAACCACAUCCACCUUGCUGGGCAAAGGUGUGGGUCUGGUGCUGGUGGAGUUCCAGUACGAAUAUGAGGGUCGAGAUGGCUCCAUCAUCUCCAUCAAGCCCAACGAGCGCUACGUCUUGCUGGCCAAGACCAACGCCCACUGGUGGCAGGUGCGGAGAGACUACGCCUCCAUACCCUUCUACAUCCCGGCCAAGUACGUCAAGGAGCUCCCGCCCGAUGUGCCGUCCCCUCUGGACUUUGCCCACCCACCCGCUCCCGAAGCCACUCCGGUCCCUGCUCCGGUGCCGGUCGCCGUGCCGGUCCCCGUGCCGGUCCCCGUAACGAUUCCCGUUCCUAAGGGUGUGGAGGAGCCGGGCGGAAUCAGAAGCAAACCCGCUGACGAACUCACCAUCCGGCUCAAACCGGACACGUCCGGCGGCUAUCGCAAGACAGACAACCGGAUGUCCACAUUCGGUGUCCCGCUGGACUUUAUGGAUCUGCCACCGCCCCUCCCUGUCACGCCCCCGCGUCACUCCGGUGCUACAUCGGGUGCCGACCUCGCCAAAAAGACAGACGGCGUAACAGAGAAAAAUCUGCUCGAGGAACACAAAGACGCCGGUUUUGGCCCGGCCAAGCCCGCCGCCACCCGACCCCAUGUACUGCCCAUCCCCGUGGACACGCCCACUGUACCCGAGGUGCAGGCCCUCAAGGACCUUGAGAACGGACCUUCGCGGGAAGACCAAGAAGAGACGGCGGUCACGCGGGAAGAGAUAGAAGAGGAAGAGGAAGCCAUUGAGGCCACGGAGGACAGUGAACAGGACAGCGACGGCCAGGAGGAGAAAGAGGAGCAAAAAGAGGAAGAAAAGUCCAACCAUAUCUACGAGUCCAUCCAGGAUUUGCACUUGGAUGACCUGAUUGGACAAUCCAACUCAACUCCGCCCCCCAAACAGGCCUGUGACCCCGCCCCCGAGCAGUUGCAGGUGCCUGACCCCGCCCCCUCCACUAUAGACCACACCCUCUCCUCUUCAAGCACCUCCUCUGAAAUAAUAAGCCUCUCCCCCGCCAGCCCGGAAGAGGGAUGGCAGAUGCACAGGGACCAGGAGAGCGGCAGAGUGUUUUACUUCCACCCGCUGACGCGACAGAGCACCUGGACGCAGCCGCGUUCGCCCUCGCCGAACCCGUCAUCCCCCAUGUCCUUGUCCCCCGUCCCUUCCUCUUUGUCGCCGACACCCUCGCAGUCUGGCUGCGAGAUGUGGGAGCAACUGACAGACCAAAACUCGGGGAGGCUCUACUACUACAACCCUGUCUCUGGCGCCACCUCCUGGAAUGCCCCCACGCUGGCGCCCCACAUCGAUGACGCCGCCGGACUCGCCGACGGCCCGCCUCCGCUGCCGAAAGAAGAUUAUCCUGUUGAUGCAAACAGAGACAAUGACGCCGUCUUUACUACGCAGGUUCGCCAGCAGGAUAAUCCCAGAAUGCACCUGGAGCGCAAAGAUGGCUUCCGAAUGUCAAAUGGUGCACCUGAUCAACGCGUGGCAUGGCGACACAGCGUGGCCGAGGAUACGUUUGCUUCUCGACACUUUGCCGACUUCAGGCGGGACUCACCUGACAGUACGCAGCACUAUGAUAGGUUCGGAUUGAGAAGGAAUCUGUCCAAUCGCAGCUCAGACUCCCAGCAGGGACACCUGCUGGAGAAGGCGGGAAUCGUCAACAAGACCAAAGUCGUCGAUAACGGCAAGAAAAUUCGGAAGAACUGGAGUCAAUCGUGGACUGUCCUACAUGGCGGCAUCCUCACCUUCCACCGGGACCCCAAGUCUGUGCCCAGCGGCAACAUGUCCAAGGCCUCGCAGAUUGUCCCGGAAUACACGGUGGAGUUGAGAGGAGCUUCAGUGUGCUGGGCCCCCAAGGACAAAUCAUCCAAGAAGAACGUACUGGAGCUGAGGACCCGUCAGGGUUGCGAGUACCUGAUGCAGUACGACACGGAGAGCAUCAUUGCCGAUUGGCUAAAAGUCAUGCAGGACACCAUCCGACAGCUGGAACAGGAGCACGUUUCGGACGACGAUGACGACCCGGCCUCGGACAAAGAGGACAAAGACAGGAAGCGCGGGAGCAACAGAAGUCUUCCAGGCGCCGACACGGAGCAGACGCGGGUUCGCACCAAACUGCGCCGCUUCCUGCAGAGGAGGCCCACGUUGCAGAGUGUCAAGGAGAAGGGUUACAUACGAGACAACGUGUUCGGCUGCCACCUGGACACGCUCUGUCACAGGGAAAACACAACCAUUCCAAAAUUUGUGGAGAAGUGCAUCAGAGCUGUGGAGAGGAGAGGUCUCGACGUGGACGGCAUCUAUCGUGUGAGCGGAAACUUGGCCGUCAUCCAGAAGCUGCGACACAAAGUCGAUCACGAGGAGCAUCUGGACGUGGAGGACGGCCACUGGGAGGACAUCCACGUGUUGACGGGAGCCCUCAAGCUGUUCCUGCGCGAGCUCCCCGAGCCGCUCUUCCCCUUCAGCUUCUUCGACAAAUUCAUCGCCGCCAUCCAGGAUAAGGAUUAUAGCCAGCGCGUGUCUUACAUUAAGGACUUGGUCCGCUCGCUGCCGCUUCCCAACCACGACACCAUGGAGCUGCUCUUCAGGCAUCUGCGUAGGGUGGUGGAUCACAAAGACGCCAACCGGAUGUCGGUCCAGAGCAUGGCCAUCGUCUUCGGGCCCACGCUGCUGCGCCCGCAGACUGAGUCCAACAUGACCGUCCACAUGAUCUUCCAGAGCCAGAUUGUGGAGCUCAUGCUCAAUGAGUUCGACAAUAUCUUUGUGCAGACGUAGCGCACACGUGUAACCUUUCACGACCAAGAUUCCACGCAUUCCAAAUGAGAAGCGGGUCCUUCCACAAGACAGUGAAAUGCCACCAACGGAUUAAAAAAAAACAACAACAAAGAGCUCGGCAUCACAUAAUAUAACAUGAUCAUUUCAAGUUUGAACAACUUGAGAAUUACCUGAUCCAGGAAUUGCUUUUUUUUCAUGGGUGGGGGCAUCAUUUUAUUUGUUUCCUGGUGUGGCAGCAAUUUGCUUGCAUAGCUUUUGCCCUCCAACCAGGAGGAGAGCACCUUGGAGAAAUUGCUACCGCCUUCCACACUGACAUUCCCUGCAAGAGGAACUGGAAGAAAUACUUCUGCUGAAAACAAACGAUGACAUCGUCAGUCACGUGAACUGUUCACGUGAUGUCCGCCAGAAAGAUCAAGCAAUAAUUUUAUGAACAGAUUUUAUUUUAUUGUGAAGUGCUCCAGUUGAACAGUUAACAUUAUAAAGCUUUGCUUGACCAAAAAGAAGAAAAAGACCAAAAAUCAUCAACACUUAAACAUUUCUACUUGCACAUACGUCCAUAUAUGUCAAACAGAAAAUGAAUGAUGAUCAUGUUAGGGAUUAUUUCACUGUUAAUGGAGCAUUGUAUGGAUUUUCUGAAACAAUGAAAAAUAUUUUGUGAACCUUUGUGAAAUGUAAUACGAUUAAGAAAACAUUGUUUUAGACAGGCACACAAAUGUAUUGUAGGAUCAUAAAUUAAAUGAAUUCAGGCAUACAAAAAAAAA